GCAUUUUGUGGAAAAUACUAGACUACAUUGACAGUUAUCUCUGUGAUUUCAUUCCGCUAAAGAAAUGUCAGUGAAAAACGCCCAGCCCAACUUCAGUCCCUCUCAGGUGUCUGAGAUCAUAAAGAGGCUCUACAAUCUGACCGCCUCAGAAAUACGCCCUCUGCCCAGCUAUGAUGACCAGAACCUCUACGUGGCUCCCACUGAGGGUGGCGAGUACGUCCUAAAAAUCAUGAACACGGAGGACAGUAAGAACCCCACCAUCAUUGAGUUGCAGACCUAUGCCAUGUCCUUUCUCUACCAGAAUGGACUUCCUGCUCAAACAGCCAUGCCUACCACCUCAGGACAACUCAUGAGCCUGGAAGAAAUAGAUUGUGGGUACGGCUGUCAGAAGUACUUGGUCCGGCUGCUGACUUAUUUACCUGGAGUGACUGUUUCUAAGGUUCCUCUUACACCAACGUUAUUAAAUGAGACUGGCAGGAUGGCUGCUAGAAUGGAUGAAGUCCUUCAAAAGAUGGAGCAUCCUCAUCUCAGCCUUCUCGAGAGGGAGAACUUUAUCUGGAGCUUGUCAAACAUUUGUCUCCUGGAAGAAUACAUGAGUGUACUAGAUGGAGAUCCACUUCAGGAGGUUGUGAAAUCUGUUAUUGAUCAGUACAAAAACUCUGUGAUCCCCAGACGAUCCAAUUUUCGCAAAUGUAUUAAUCAUGGUGACUUUAAUGACCUCAACAUUCUCAUGCAACCCGAUGACAAUCAUGGCUACAAGAUUUCUGGCAUCCUUGACUUCGGGGACAUGAACAGUGGCUACUACAUUAAUGAACUUGCCAUCACCAUAAUGUACAUGAUGAUUGAGCAUCCUGAUCCCAUCGAGGUGGGUGGGCCUGUCCUCGCAGGCUGGGAAAGCGUCAUCCCCCUCAACAAGGACGAGAAAGACUGCCUCUAUGUGCUGGUGCUCUCUCGCUUCUGCCAGUCGCUGGUUAUGGCUCGGUAUUCCGUGAUGCUGCACCCAGAAAACGAAGAGUACCUCAUGAUCACUUCCAGAAAGGGAGUUAAGAUCCUUCAGAAAGUCUGGGAAUUGGGAAAAGAGCAUGUGGAGAAGGUUUGGUUUGACCAUGCUGCUCAGCUCAGUGUUUGAAUAGAAAAAGAUGUUAAUUUUCUAUUCAAAGACUUUCAUUUAUUAACUUCAUUUAAUGAAUGAAAGAAAUACUUCAGUAAAUUCUAAUUUAAUAAUGGCGUAUAAUAAUUUAUACACAGUGUUAAUUCAGAUGAUUAUGACAUAUAGACAAUUAAAAUCCAACAUAAAAUAGAAUAUUAUGUAAAAAACAAAAUAGUUUUAGUUUAAGAUAUAUUUUCAUAUAGUGUACAGUUAAUUCUCUUGGUCUGGGCCUCUCUGGAGGGAAUUACUGGAUCAUGGCAUGGAAGUGAUCAGUUUUGCUCAGGUGCUAAGAAAACCCAGAUUGCUCGAAUAACUAUGUAAUGUCUGCAUUCCUGGUUCUGGUCUACCUUAUCUUCUUGAUCAAACACUAAAGAUCCUUUUGCAGUGUUUACAUUAGGCUUGUUGCCAUCAAGCACAAUGACACCAUUAGCUUUAAAGUAGGUUUUGGUGCCUUCUUCUGCUGGAAAAUAUACUCAGCAUCUCUGUAAAGCUUUGAUGGAAGCAUAAAGAGCUCUAAUAUUUCCUGGUAGAUGUGUCUGUGCUCACUUUGGACUUGACGAUAAGCAGUCAAGUGCAUCAGCAGAUGGCGUGGCUCCCCAAAGCAUCACUUACUGUGGAAACUUCACACUACAGUCUUUCUUUUGGCUGUGCAGAUCACACUAUUAUAGACUGUUGAAACAAAUCAGUACAUGUGCUUUGAAUUUCAGUUUCACUUUUUAAAUAGAAUUACUCCAUUUAAUUUUGAAUGAUAUUUUAACUAUUAAAUUACAGUACACCUGAAACCUUAUCCUAAAAUAUGAUUAGCAGAGAAUAUUUCAGCAGUUUCUGGAUUAACUGAGUGCUAAGGAGUCAAGUCUUUUAUGUUUUAAGCACUUCAGUUCAGUGAGACUUGCUCUAAAUAACAGGCGCUCAUUUGUGAACAAUGCCUUUUAUUUUAGUAUUCAAAGCUUUACUAAAUUAACUAUUUAUUAUAUCGUAAGGCACUUAUGUAUUUGAUUUUCAAAUAAAUAUAAUAUUUUAUGUCAAGAUGAUUUUGUAAAAGACAAUUCACUAAGAAGGAAAUAAUUUCUCUUCCAUAAAACAUUGGUCCACAUUUAAAACAUUCAUUUGGGGACAUUUAAGCUGCCCUGUUUGAAAACCCAGUAAACAUGUGUUGAAUGUGAGGAGAAGUGAUUUGCUUUUGUACAUUUCUUUUAAAAAAGCAACAAAUGCUGGAAUCUCUGAUAUGAAUUCUGUGCCUUGUUAGAAAGUUUCCUUUCUAGUAAUGUUUUUUCUUACAAGACUUUCACAAAUUAAAGUUAGUGCUUCCAAUGGUUUACAAAUAAA